GUUCUCCGCAUGCAGCCGCGGCAUUGCCUCGGUAGCUCCUUGUCAGCUUCACCGUUCCUCCGCGGCCAACCGUGCGUUCCAAUCGGUGUGCGGUGCAAGGGAGACCCUCCGCGUAUAAUUCGUGCUCCCUCCUUUCGCCGUUCUUUUCUCUUCCCUGUAUAUUUUCACUCGAAGAUUUAAAAACUCCCAUCGUCCUCCCUGAUAGGCUUCGACAGAAAACCUGUUCUGUGUCCUGUGCUGAGUGUAAUUCUACGGGUCUUUCCUUCACAAAUAAAUAAACACACCAUGGCCAUGUCCAUGCGAACCACUCGCCAUGCUACCAAGCUGGCUCAGUCUUCACGUUUAUUGGCUCAGUAUACCUCUCGCAGAUCUUAUGCGACGGCGGAACCCGAUCUGAAGUCUGCCCUCAAGGCGGUCAUCCCCGCCAAACGUGAACUCUUCCAGCAAGUGAAACAACGUGGGGACGAUGUGAUUGGCGAGGUCAAGGUUGCCAAUGUCAUUGGUGGCAUGCGUGGUCUCAAGUCGAUGCUCUGGGAGGGCUCGGUCCUCGAUCCCGAGGAGGGCAUCCGCUUCCACGGCAAGACCAUCAAGGAUUGCCAGAAGGAGCUCCCCAAGGGUACCUCCGGCACGGAGAUGUUGCCCGAAGCCAUGUUCUGGCUCCUCCUCACGGGUGAGGUCCCUUCGACCAGCCAGGUGCGCGCCUUUUCGCGCGAGUUGGCCGAGAAGUCCCACCUCCCCCAGCACAUCCUGGACCUCAUUAAGUCCUUCCCCCGCGACAUGCACCCCAUGACGCAGCUCUCCAUCGCUGUCGCUGCCCUGAACACUGAGUCGCAGUUCGCCAAGGCCUACGAGAAGGGUCUGAACAAGGCCGAUUACUGGGAGCCCACCUUCGAUGACAGCAUCUCUUUGCUUGCCAAGAUCCCCCGUGUCGCCGCCUUGGUCUUCCGCCCCAAUGAGAUCGACACCGUCGGCACCCAAGCUCUCGACGUGAACCAGGAUUGGUCUUACAACUUCGCGGAGCUCCUCGGCAAAGGUGGCCAGCAGAACCAGGACUUCCAUGAUUUGCUGCGUCUGUACCUGGCUCUUCACGGUGACCACGAGGGCGGUAACGUGUCCGCCCACGCUACCCACUUGGUUGGAAGUGCCCUGAGCGACCCCUUCCUGAGUUACAGCGCGGGUCUCUUGGGUCUGGCCGGACCUCUGCACGGUCUUGCUGCCCAGGAAGUCCUGCGAUGGAUCUUGGCCAUGCAGGACAAGAUCGGAACCAAGUUCACUGAGGAGGAUGUCCGUACCUACCUCUGGGAUACCCUGAAGUCGGGUCGUGUCGUCCCUGGCUACGGCCAUGGUGUCCUCCGCAAGCCUGACCCCCGUUUCGAGGCUCUCAUGGACUUUGCUGCCACUCGCCCUGAUGUUCUGGCCAACCCUGUCUUCCAAUUGGUCAAGAAGAACUCCGAGAUUGCCCCUGGCGUUCUUACGGAACAUGGAAAGACCAAGAACCCCCACCCCAAUGUUGAUGCCGCCUCUGGUGUGCUCUUCUACCACUAUGGAUUCCAGCAGCCCCUGUACUACACCGUCACCUUCGGUGUCAGCCGUGCUCUGGGCCCUCUCGUCCAGCUCAUCUGGGACCGUGCCCUCGGCCUGCCCAUUGAGCGCCCUAAGAGUAUCAACCUCCUGGGCCUCAAGAAAUGAUUGACGAAUUUCAAUCUUCGCGUGUAAAAAAUGUUUGAAUGAUAGCGUAUCUUGAUAUCCGCAAUGGACGUGUGUUCUUAUUUUGUUGACGGUUUGCCUUUGUUCUCUUGUGUGCGGGGAUUGACUUCCCUGCGUCUAGCAAUAUGCCCAAUUGCAUAGACGCCAGAUAGACUUUUAGAGAAUAGAACUAUAUCGGAUUUUCUGGUUUUAUUUUUCGCCCAUGACGCGACUUCACGUUCAACCUUCGCCUAAAUCUUUCAUCGACUAGCAGGAGCGCUUUGCUGGCAAUUUGGCCUUGAGUGUUGUUUAAGUUGCGAUUCUCAAAGAUUUCUCUAAAUUAUCGAUUUGAAACUUGAUAGGUAAUUCCUAUGCAAAUUCUUCUAGAUAAAUAUUAUUUUUCUUUUUAGAUUAUCAAAAGCGUUGCAGACUCAAGAUAACCCUGCGGGGGACGUAAAAGUUGUUCGCCCUCCUAAAUUUAUAUAUUCCGAUGCAUCUCAGCACUAUCAUCGUAAUUGAAUGACCACCACUUACCAUUUACGAAAAGAGAUGCUAGGAUCGAAGCAACUACCUAUAGAAUCAUAGAAGUGUCACUAUAUCUAUUAUGAUUGAACUCUUUCCUUAAGAAAAUAAUCUUGUUACAUUUUGUUGAGGGCCGAUGGAUGACCAUAACAUGGAUUGAAAUAAGGAUUCCUGAAAUGGUUAGUCG